AUGACUAUUGCUUUCCAAUUGGCUGUUUUUGCAUUAAUUGCUACUUCAUCAAUCUUAUUGAUUAGCGUACCCGUUGUAUUUGCUUCUCCUGAUGGUUGGUCAAGUAACAAAAAUAUUGUAUUUUCCGGUACAUCCUUAUGGAUUGGAUUAGUUUUUCUGGUGGGUAUCCUUAAUUCUCUCAUCUCUUGA